AUGGGCGGCAACGACACCUCCACGACCUCGAAGAAGACCCCGCAAGAGCCACUGGCACCGUCAGCAUCGCGUGCGGCUGCUACUGACGACGCCAGUCACGAACUGCGCAACAGCUCGCCCAGCGGGUGUUCACGGAAGAAGCUGUUGAUGUCGGCAUCUUCAGUGGCAGGUUCCGACCUCGACCCCAACCCCAUGUCGUCAAGGCCUAAAACUGCCCCGGCAGACGAAACACGCGGCACAUCCUCCUCGCUUUCGCCCGGCGCUUCCCCUACAUCCUCCCUGUCGCCACCUCCGACAUCCACGUCAUCUCCGAAGACGCUGCCGGUCCCAAAGGCUCCUCGCUGCGAGUAUCCGGGGUGCCCGAAGUCUGCAAAGUAUGGCCUCAGGGAAGCCCCGCCCAGCAAGUGCCAGGCUCACAAGAGGGCCGGUCAAUACACCACGAACCGCCACGGAGAGCUGCUGAUGGCAACCCGUGACGGCGACGCGUUCCGGACACCGGCGGUGGCGGUGCCAGUGCCAGCUGUGACGGUGCCCCCCUCCCCAGCCAGCAGUGAAAUUGCAGGGACGGAAGCGGCAUCCGCCCGACCGCGGCGGCGCUCUACAGGAAGCAGCGGCUCCUCGGUACCCUCUCACCGCAAGCCCAAAGAGAACCUUUCUUCUUCAGUGCACACGUUGAAACGCAAGAACCGACCGGGGACAUCAUCAAGCAGACAUGAAGAAAGCCCGGCACCGAAAAACCGCUCCUGCCUCUUUCCAGGGUGUGGCGCUCGCCCUACCCACGGCCUGCCGGGGGCGGCACGCGCCGUGUACUGCUUCUCCCACAAGAAGGGCUCGAUGGUCGACCUUUUCAGCGAAGCGCUAGCAGUGAACAACCACGAAGAGAAAAGUGUCACAAGCGCGGCACCUACCGAGGGCAAGAAGAAGAAGCAGACGCAGGCGAAGAAGGAGCGGGAAAUGACCGGCAUGACCGCCGACCAAAGGGGAGCAAAACAGGCUCGCCGCGAAUCAAGCAUCAUGGAGGGCAACAAAGGCACCACAAGCAAGGAUGACGGCGGCCACCGAGGUGCCAAGAAGAUUCGUGACAACGAAACGAAAGUGAACAGAGGCAUGGGUGCCUCGGGGGGGAGCGUUGGCGCCAUUGCCACCGCUGCUGCCGCAGGUACGUCUGAGAUGAGCGUGAAAUCACCAGCAGCAAAACCACUGGUGAAAUCGACCAGCGAAGCAAAAGAACCCGCCGACACAACGGCACCGCCUCCUCAACCGACCAGCCGGCCAUCGGAUGGAAUGGCUCCCUCUGUUGAGAUGCUCAUUCUGAGGCAGGCGAGGGAGGCGGCCAAAACGGAGGCGGAGGCCAGCGGUAGCGGUCGAAGGCCGCGCGCUCCCUCACGCCGCGCUCUGGAAGCCUCCGGUCGACUGAGGGGCGACGGGGCUCAGUGGAUGACCCGGGAGAAAAAGGCCGAGCAAGCCAGGGUCAACUCCGAGCUCCGGAAGAAGAGGAAGGAAUCCAGGGAGGCGGGGCUCAAGGUUGGGGUUGUGCUUGAGGCGUUCGUGCCGCGCGCUCCCUCACGCCGCGCUCUGGAAGCCUCCGGUCGACUGAGGGGCGACGGGGCUCAGUGGAUGACCCGGGAGAAAAAGGCCGAGCAAGCCAGGGUCAACUCCGAGCUCCGGAAGAAGAGGAAAGAAUCCAGGGAGGCGGGGCUUAAGGUUGGGGUUGUGCUUGAGGCGUUCGUGCCGCGCGCUCCCUCACGCCGCGCUCUGGAAGCCUCCGGUCGACUGAGGGGCGACGGGGCUCAGUGGAUGACCCGGGAGAAAAAGGCCGAACAAGCCAGGGUCAACACCGAGCUCCGGGAGAAGAGGAAGAAAUCCAGGGAGGCGGGGCUUAAGGUUGGGGUUGUGCUGGAGGCGUUCGUGUGA